GGCACGGGGCAUGGGAAGCAGAGCUCAGAGCCUAUUUUGGGAGGUUUCACCAGCACAACAAGACGGUGGCUGCUCCAUGGGGGACACAACAUGACCUGGGCACCAGCGCCCUGGCUGCAGGCACGCAGCCAGCUCUGCUGUCAGCCUGCAACACAGCCUGUGCCUGGGCAGGGAGAGCAUGGAAACACUCACAAUGCAAAUGACGGAGAAGCAGGAAAUGUUUUGACUCACCUCAAGAGCGUUACCUGUGGUUAAUCUUUAAUGCACUUGCAGUUUAAAUGCCCACAAGCUGCCAGGCUGAUGCUCCUGCUGUGGCUCAGGAUGGGGAAGGUCCCUGCUGCCCCGUACCUGUUGGGGCUGAGCUCCCCAGUUGUGCUGGGGCUGCUGGGGUGAGUCGCUUUGUGCUCACAUCGGCACCUGGGGCACCGCAUCCCUGUUUGGCAAGAACCAGAGGCAGUGAAUUGGCAGAUAGCAGAAUCAUACUGACAGUGGGCACAGCAGCACCAUGUAUGAGCUCAACGAAAGCAGCUUUGAUCCCAUCACCUUCGUCCUGACAGGCAUCCCAGGCAUGGAGGAGUCCCACAUCUGGAUCUCUGUCCCCUUCUGUCUGAUGUACAUCACUGCAGUGUUCAGCAACUCCGUCCUCCUCUUCGUCAUCAUCACGGAGAGGAGCCUCCACGAGCCCAUGUACCUAUUCCUCGCGAUGCUGGCUGUUUCUGACCUCAUGCUUUCGACCACGACAGUGCCCAAGAUGCUGGCAAUCUUCUGGUUCAGUGCCAGAGAAAUUUCAUUCGAUGCCUGCAUUACCCAGAUGUUCUUCACCCACUUCAGCUUCAUUGUGGAGUCGUCUGUCCUGCUGGCCAUGGCAUUCGACCGCUACGUUGCUGUGUGCGACCCGCUGCGGUACUCGUCCACGUUAACGCCCUCAGUGAUUGGGAAGAUAGCGGUGACUGCCGUGGUCCGGGGCUUCUGCAUCAUGUUCCCACCCAUCUUCCUGCUGAAGCGGCUGCCCUACUGCGGGCACAACAUCAUGCCCCACACCUACUGCGAGCACAUGGGCAUCGCCCGCCUGGCCUGCGCCGAUAUAAGAGCCAACGUCUGGUACGGGCUGACGACGGCGCUUCUGUCCUCCGGCCUGGAUGUCGUGCUCAUCGCUGUCUCGUACGUGCUCAUCCUCAGGGCUAUUUUCCGUCUACCCUCCCCAGAGGCCCGUCUCAAAACCCUGAGCACCUGCGGCUCCCACCUCUGCGUGAUCCUCAUGUUCUACAUGCCCGCCUUCUUCUCCUUCCUCACGCACCGCUUCGGCCACCACAUCCCGGGGCACGUCCACAUCCUCCUGGCCAACCUCUACGUGGUGGUCCCACCGAUGCUCAACCCCAUCGUGUACGGGGUGAGGACGCGGCCGAUCCGGGAGCGCGUGGUCCGCCUCCUCUGCCCCGCCGGGCAGUGCCCCUGCCCCUGCCCCAGCCGGGGGGGCCUCUGCUGAGCAUGGCAGAGGGAAGGGGGGCGCAGGAUGGGGCCUGGGCUGCAGGGCCAGGAGCGGCUGCUCUUCUCACCCUGGAGGAACAGACUUGCCUAAGAGGUUCUGGAGAAGCGGAGGGUGAUGGGGUUUCUGGAAACACGAGCUUGGCUCAUCAGGCUGUCCAUUGCUAUUGGUUUCUCCUAAAGAAGCUGUCCCUGAGUGCUUCAUCUGGCAGAGACUGGGGCAAACAGGUCAGGCGAGGAGCAUCAAGACUCGUGCUUGCUCAUUUACCGUUGCCUUGUUUUGUUUGCUGUCCUACAGCCUCAUUUCUGUUUGCUCCUUCACUUGUUAGUGCCUACACCGUGAGCACCUCGCUGCUCAUCAGAGCGGAGCCUGGGAAGCCACCCAGCACAGGGUGGUCACAGCGCUGCUUGCCGUGGCGGAUAACGAUCUGCCCUCCUGUCCUCACAGGCACAGCUUGGGACUCCACAGAGGGACUCCAGGACCUCCCACUGCUGAACGUGUUUACACGCUGAGAGCCCUGAGAGGUCUGGAUGGGCUCUAUUGUGUUUAAAGGAAACAUCCAUUAAACCAUAACGUCCAAAACUGGAUUCAAGGCUCUAGUAUGGACUGCAGAGAGACAGUGGUUUCCCACACCCCACACAUCCCAUAGGAGCAUUUCUCUCUUUACAAAAACAUUGCACUGUGCAGAGCCCGGAGUGAGGUACAGCACACUUCGAGAUCCUUUCCUGCCCGUCCUGCAGUCUGAGGACCCACCACGUUGUUGCUGUAUGUUCAAUUUAUCCUUGAACACCAAAAGAGCUUUGCUGAACUUUUUGUUGUUCCUCUCAUUGGUGUGUGUACCAGUUGUGUCAAUAAUGCCUUGCUACCCAAGGUCUACCUAAGGCUGUCAGUAAUACCUUGUUUUACCUGAAGCCAGUGGCGAUCUGCCUUGAUGCAAAGACACAGAGUGAGCACCGGAUCUUGCUGGAGGAGCAGCAGGGCAGUUCUGUACACCUGUCUACAAUCAGAGUGUAAUCUCAGUUAUCAGUCUGAUCAGCAAGGAGAGCCCUUUUCCUUACCUCUUCCUUCCUCAGCAAAGACAAUGCAGGCUUUCAGGGCAAACUCAUCCGCUGCUUCCCCUGCGGUGAAUCUCAUGUGGCAGCAUCAGAGGAGAAGCUCUCGUCCCUGGUGCAGUGAGCAUGGGCACUGCUGAAGGUCCCAUGGGCAGAAGGGAGAGGAGGCAGCACGGCAGACCCUGGGGGGAAGCUUGCUGGAAAUUCAGGUCUCCUGCUGAAAGGUCAGCGUGCUCUGCACCGCUUUCAGGGUGGGCUUUUGUCGUGUCGUGAUGAAGUGCAGGACCAUGGUGACUCCGACAGCAGCAGCCACAGUCCAGCCAGGAUGGGACAGCCUCUGUGUCAGCCUCAUGGCAGGGCCCUGGUGGCCAUGCUGGCUCAGCCGUUAAAUGCCAAAACUGCCGUAACGCAUUAGCAUCGCUGGGGUGAGGAGGAGGAGGAGGAGGAGGGGAUGUACCAGAGCUUGGAGACCUUUCCUUCAUGCUUUCCUUUGUGUUUUACCGGGUGGGAAGUUGAGAUAAACACUUGGUUCUCCUUUCCACAUUGCACCUAUUUUCUACUCCAUGUCUCGUACACAUCACUCAGAGGCAGUGGAGUCUGGACGCUUUUUAGUGCUGCUGUUGAGCUCAGGGGCUUCCUGAGUCUGGCCAGGGACAGCCUUCCCCAGCUGGGAAGCUGCCAAAGUCUUUUAAAUGCAGUAAUUGGGUAAUUCGGUAAUGUCUGAAGGCUCACGCUCUGCAGUCCGGCUCCCACAGCAGUGCCAGGAUCCAGCAUGCUCUGGCCCUGUGUCAGCUGUAGGACCUGAAGAAGUGUCUGGUGUACUCGUGUCAGAGGACCAGACCAUCCCACGUUCCUGCAGAACAUCCUUUUAUCCCUGACCAAAAGGGCAGUGGGCGCAUCCCAAGCCCACAGCCUGACCAUGCUGCAAAGCCACUCCAGACCUGGGGAAGCUGCCCCAGAGGUGGCCGCAUGCCUGGACGCUGGAGGCAUCUCUCUUGGAGAGCUCACCUUGUCUAUGUGCCCCACAAAAUCUUGUGCCCCACACAAGGGGCCAGGAGCCAGUGGCUGGGGCUGGCCUGGCACAAGCCAGCACCCAGGGCUGAGAGCAGGAGCAAGGAAGCUCUGCAGAACCCGGCUGGCUCAUGGCUGAAGGACGUAGAUGGCAGGGCUGCAGCCACCCAAACCCUGCUCUGCUCUGGGCAUCCCAGUAGCACUACUGGAGCUCCAAAAGAGAGGGAAAGAAUCACACUUUCAGAAUUUAAAACAAAAAAAAAGUGUUUUACUCUGUCAGCAUUAUUUUUUUUUGGGUAUUCUUUGAUUUCAUCAAGUUGGGGAACCCUGUGACAGGCAAAAUUGAUUUAAUCAAACUGGGGAACCCUGUGACAAGCACAAUGGAAAUGAAAGCGUUCACUAAGAGCUGUUUGCUCUCAGUGAUGAUAAUGGAGCUGGUUAAACAGCUGCUUGUAUUGCUGGGCUUUUUAAUGUCCUCAAAAUACAUCUGUGUCUCUCUCAGCAAAAAGAAAGAAUAUUUGCACAGAGCAGCCCACACGAUUUCUAAUAGGAGACAGAGCUGUCUCAAAGACAAUGUGUCAGGAGUGCAAACUGGCAUAGGCAGAACAUGAAUACAUUUGGGCUUAAAUGAGAUGCUUUAGGGUCUUUGGGGCAAUCGCAGGGGUUACAGCAGACUGGAGGCUGUGGUGAGGUGCUGGAAAGCUCAUGACAGCAAGAGACGUGUUUGCUGAAUCAAGGGUUUCCUCCAGCUCUGCUUUCCUACCUGGAAACAAGAACUGGUUGACAAAGCAACCCUCUGCUGCAGUUUUAUCCUGAAACUUUUCUAAGCAGCUCGAGUAGCAGUUGAUCUGCCACCCAAAUUUGUCAAUAUUAAAAGACAAUUCUGUA